UUCUACCUGUGCAAAUUCAUCUGAUGGUCAAACUCAAUUAAGGUUUAAUAUUCAACCAAAAAAAAGACUAUAUACAAAGGAGUCAACUAGAAAAGAUAUUACCGAUAUGGUAGUUUUGGAUGAGUUGAGUUUCCAGUUUGUAGAAGGACGGGGCUUUCGUAAGCUUAUUGAUGGACUAUUACCUGAUUUUAGUAUCAGUGCUGAUACAAUAAAGCGAGACAUUAUGAAAGCUUAUAGUAAAAGAAAAACGUUGAUUAAAGAAAUCCUUCAAAAUGCUGAGGUUACGGCACAUUUUCUUGAUAAGGACUGGAAUCUCAUUUCAAUGUUAUCAUCAUUCCCAUUAAUUCCUUAUCUACAUACUAGAAUUAAUAUUGCUAAUUGUAUUAAAGCGAAAACGGAUGAAUGGUUUAUUACCACUAAGUUGCAAACUAUUACUCUCGACAACGCCGCAUCAAAUAAUGUUGCGAUUCAUGAAUUAGCUGAUCUCAUUUCUCAAGACUCUUAUAUACAAAUUGAUGAAGAGCUUUUUCAUAACCGGUGCCUUGCCCAUAUUCUAAACCUCAUUGUGAAAGACAGUUUAAAAAAAAUUGCCAAUGUUAUUUGA